CUCAAACAACCGAGUUCAGUUUACUGUACGAGCCGAGGACACGAUGAAAACACUGCUGACCUUCUCCUUCUCCUUGUUAUUCUGCUCAUUGGUGUGGAGUGGAUAUCUGGAAUAUGACCAAGAUGUCCUGAUACCAGAGGACUGGACUCAAGUUGGCCGGGUUGACCCCACGGAGGAGCUGGAGCUCACCUUUGCCCUGAAGCAGCAAAACGUUGACCUGCUGGAGAAAACACUCAGACUGGUUUCAGACCCUGACUCAGCACACUAUGGUAAACACCUCACCCUGGAGGAAGUCUCCUCCCUUGUGCGUCCAUCUGACCUGACCCAAAAGGUGGUGCGACGUUGGCUGCAGAGUCAUGGGAUUACAUCCUGCCUUACUGUUCACACUCAGGACUUUUUACAGUGCACCAUGACUGCAGAGGUUGCAGAGACACUGCUCGCAGGUAGCAAGUUCCACCGUUACACCAGAGAUGGCCAAACUUUAGUGAGGUCUUCAGCCCCGUACUCUGUUCAUGACGAUGUUCAUCAGCACCUGGACUUUGUUGGAGGGCUUCAUCGCCUCCCGCCUAAAGGGCAGGACCUCAUCAGAGGAAGAACGCACAAGAGGUCUAAGGACGGGCUGCACCUGGGAGUGACUCCUGCUGUCUUAAGGGCCCGCUACAACAUGACAGCAACUGAUGUGGGGACAGCUCAGAACAACAGCCAGGCUGUGGCUCAGUUCUUGGAGCAGUACUACAGCCCUGCAGACCUGUCUGAGUUCAUGAGCAUGUAUGGCCAGAGCUUCCAGCAUCAAUCUCAGGUGGACCGGGUUGUUGGCACUCAGGGAGCCGGGAAGGCUGGUCUGGAGGCCAGUCUGGAUAUAGAGUACAUCAUGAGCACAGGGGCAAACAUCUCCACUUGGUUCUUCACUAAUCCAGGUCGCCAUGAGUCCCAAGAGCCUUUCCUCCAGUGGAUGGUGCUGCUCAGCAACAUGUCCGAUCUGCCAUGGGUUCACACCAUCAGUUAUGGAGACGAUGAAGACAGCCUGUCUGCUGCUUACAUGAUGCGUAUCAAUGCAGAGUUUAUGAAGGCAGGCGUCCGAGGAAUCUCUCUGCUCUUUGCUUCUGGUGACAGUGGUGCAGGCUGCAAACAUUUGGGAGGGGGACAAAACUCCUUCAGGCCAAGUUUUCCUGCUUCAAGCCCUUAUGUGACCACAGUAGGAGGAACCUCAUUUAAGAACCCGUUUAAAGUCACAUAUGAAGUGACCGAUUACAUCAGUGGAGGAGGCUUCAGCAACGUCUUCAAGAUGCCUGACUACCAGGCCAGUGCAGUGGAGGCAUAUCUGAAGACUAUAGCAGCAACACUCCCUCCUCAGUCGUACUAUAACACCAGCGGCAGGGCCUACCCAGACUUGGCCGCCCUGUCUGAUAACUACUGGGUGGUCUCCAACAGAGUACCAAUCCCAUGGGUGUCCGGGACCUCGGCGUCCACCCCUGUGGUUGGAGGGAUGCUGUCGCUCAUCAAUGAUCAGCGGCUGCUAAAGGGUCUGCCUGCUCUGGGCUUCCUCAACCCUCGCCUCUACAAACUCGGAGGACAGGCUCUGUUUGAUGUGACUGAAGGCUGCCACCUGAGCUGUCUAGACGAAAAGGUUCAGGGCCAAGGUUUCUGUGCUUCACCAUCGUGGGACCCUGUCACAGGUUGGGGCACACCAAACUACCCUGAACUGCUGGCUGCCCUGUUAGCUGAGUAAAAACUUACAGGUCAAUACAGUUAAACCAUCAGUACAGGGUCUGCUCUCAGAGCAAGCACUACACAACACAUCAACAAACUCAUCACCCGACGUCUGACACCAAAGGCACGGCAAUGAACCAGAGGGAGAACUAUGCCUACACUUCAGAUUCACGCUAAUGCCAUUUUAAAAUAUUUUGUCCUCUCUCAUCAUCACAUCCUCUUAUCUAAGGACACUUUUAUCUGACUUCUGUAUCUGUUUUUAAUUUUAGUUUUUAAGGCUUUAAACUGUUUCCUUAAAUACUUUUGGGUCAGGGAUAGUGCUGCUUUGGGAUUUUUAAAGCUAAACAGCAGCUGCAUGUUUCUGCUGUUCACUGCAUUUUAACUGACCCAGAUUUCUCAAACCUGCAGGCAGAUUGAUGUUAGCGGUAAUGUUCGCCUUAAAUUCAUUCCUCUUAAUACACAGCAAUGAAAAGUUUUGGGUAGACUGAAAUUUGCUUCACAUUAAGAAAGUGAACUCAAAAAGCUAUGCAUAAUGAACAUGAGCCUACUCAAAUACACACACCAAUCGCCUCGUAGUAAACACACAGUACUAUUUCAAUAUUCUUUUUAUAUGAAAACUGCCUAAUAAGUCGGAUUUCAAUGACAAAAACAUCAACCAACCGUAUGCAAGAAUUCACCAGAUCAAUGCGUUUUAAUAAGUAUGACUUUUAUGGCCAAAUGUGUCAUAUUGUCUUGUUUGCAAUAUUACUCUGCAGGGAUGAGCCAGAUACAAGAAAUCGAAUUAAACAUAGCUGCAUGCCUUUCUAAAAAGUCACUGAUGUAUUUUUAAUAAAAGACAAACAGAGUGUGUCGUUUAGAUCAACAGGACUUUUUAUUUUAUUUUUUUGAAACUUGAUUUUACUUUGGUUUGUUGCUGUUUUUUCUGUGGCUAUGAACUAACCAAAUGCACUGAAAUAUGUGGGUUUAAAGUGAUUCAGCAUUUCUACCUACUAGCAUUGUUGCACAUGUGUCCAUCUUUUACCCAUGUAAAUCCUCAAAUCAUGUGUAUGUAAAUGUGAGAGACUGUCCUUUUUUGUGAAUGUUAUUAUUAAAGCUUGUUUAGAAAUGUC